AUGGCCACUGGUGAGAGAGUUCGCAAUGCCCUUCGUGUAACAAGGAUGAUAGGCAUUCCAGAUGAAGAGGCGAAACUUGUGCUCAAAAGAUUGCUGAAAAUGUUUGAUAACAACUGGGAACCCAUAGAAGCAGAAGAAUAUCGGGCACUACUGGAUACAUACUUUGAGAUCAAGGAUAAUAAGGUUAAAGACAAAGAAGUUCGUGCCAUUGAGCUUGAUGGAUCUGGAAGACCAUCUAAGAAAAUGAAUGUUGAAGAGAAGAGAGAUCGAGUUUCCUGUACUAUGGACAGAGCAAGCCAUAUCUUAUCUUCCCGAGAUCGUCAACAGGAAGAUAUAGAGCUAUCACGACCAAUUGGAAGGGAGAGAACAAUCAAAUCUGAAUUGUUAUUGCCUCAUAAUCAGUCCAAUGACAAAGGGAAGAAUCCAACAUCAUCUUAUGUCGGCCCCAGAGAUGGACAGCCAGUUAAUAAGACUUCAUCUUGUUCAACAGAAAUUAAACAGCCACCCAAUAGAUCUGGCUUUUCUUGUGACCAGGGGAAAACCACUCCCUAUUCUAAUAAGAAGACAGCAUCUGCUAAACCAAAAACUGAGCUGUCCGCUGAUGAUUCAGCACGUAAAUCCAUUUACAGAGAUAAAUUAUCAAACUAUUCUGGGAGUUCAAAUAUUUCUGAUCAAGUAGCACCUUGUAAUCUACAAAUAGGUCAUGCUCAGAAGAAGAAAGUUGGACGCAUUGUUGACAUAACAAAAGGUACUGAAAGUGUCGAAAUUUCGCUGGUGGAUGAAACUAACAAAGAGGACCUGCCAAAAUUUACUUAUAUUCCACAAAAUAUAGUUUAUCAAAAUGCCUAUGUUCAUGUCUCACUGGCCCGCAUUGCUGAUGAGGAUUGCUGUUCAAGCUGCAAGGGAGAUUGUCUUUCAUCACCAUUGCCAUGUGCAUGUGCUCGUGAAACUGGUGGAGAGUUUGCUUACACAAAAGAAGGUCUACUGCGAGAAGAAUUUCUAGAUGCUUGUAUCUCUAUGAAGACGGAGCCUGACAACCACCCUUUUGUUUAUUGUCAAGACUGCCCAUUGGAAAGGUCAAAUAAUGACGUUAUGCCUGAAAAAUGCAAGGGUCAUUUAGUCAGGAAGUUCAUCAAAGAAUGCUGGAGAAAAUGUGGAUGCGAUAUGCGGUGUGGAAACCGGAUGGUACAACGGGGGAUUACUUGUAAAUUGCAGGUCUUCUUAACUCAUGAAGAUAAAGGCUGGGGUGUUAGAGCACUGCAGGACUUGCCAAAAGGAACCUUUAUCUGUGAAUAUGUUGGGGAAGUACUGACCAACUUGGAGUUAUAUGAGCGAAAUCUGUAUAGCAGUGGUAAUGAGAGACAUACAUAUCCAGUAACGUUAGAUGCAGACUGGGGAUCAGAGAAAAGUCUAAAGGAUGAAGAAGCACUUUGUCUUGAUGCAACUCUAUGUGGAAAUGUUGCAAGAUUUAUCAACCACAG